AUGCCUGAGGAAAAAGGACUUACCGCUACACACGACGACGGUCAGCCAGCCAAACGAAAGCGUCUUCGUAUCCCCAAAUCCUGCAUUCCCUGUCUCAAAGGCAAACGAGCCUGUGACCGAGGUCGUCCUGCUUGCGGCCGUUGCGCUCGUUCAGGCCAAAGCAACGACUGCAGCUAUGAUCCUCGUCUACCCCAGCUUCCUGCUUCUGGUGGUAGCUCAUUCAAACGCAACGCAACUUACGACGACUCGGACGACGACGAUCAACCCGAUGCCUCUUCACCAGACAACCGCCAAUUAGCUCUACUUCAAAGAGAACUUGAAGAAGCACGUAGCGAGACACGUCGCCUACAGCAUCUACUGCGAACUCAGCAAUCGUCUGCUGCUCCCGCUUCACCACGUUCCUACUCCUCACCGCAGCACCGGCCACACUCGCAUUGGUCACAUGCAUCGACAUCGGCGGAUCGACACCGUGCACAUUCGAGCGCAAAUGAUUUGCAUGCAGCUAGGGGUUUGCAGAUGCUAGCAGAGAUUGCAGGGCCUCAGCAUCAGGAUGCGGACUCGAACGCGGUCAAAUCUCGCAUCUUGCAUUGGCCUGGUCCUGCAUCGCAUGCUUCUCCUUCCAGUCAACUUUCGCCGAUCCAUCGUCAUGCCUCUGCUUCCUCUCGCGACUCAAUGCGGCCCAUCAAUGAAGCAGCUUCCUCUCCAGCACCAGACAACAGAUACGCGCACAUCUCAGCAACACCCUCCAUCUAUAACAGCCAUUUCCAACGUCGAAGCUCCAAACCUCCCCAAAACACAGACGACUUGGACUUGCUUAAAAACAUCAACGGCACCCAGAUGUACUACGGCGACAGCACCUCCGGGGAUAAAGUCUUGCGCAAAGUUGCUGCUUCUACCGCCUCCUCCUCCCGCUCCCCCACGGGCAAUGUUGCGAGCAGCAUACACGAAACGAUGGCGAGCAGAGAUAUGCAGUCCGCCUUCAGCAGCGUGCUUGAUCCUUCCCGCGACACCUUUCCGUUUGCGACCAUUUGGAGUUCAGGUACGGCCUUUAUCGAGGAGGUCUUGCCGUUCUUUCCCAAGCCGGAAGACUUUGAUAGUAUCUGUGCCAGCUUUGUUAGGCAUUUUUCGGCCAUGUGUCCCGCACUUACGAUUCCAACGGCCAUAGAUUAUGCAAGAACGUUCAGUCGGAUGGAUCGCAAACAGCAAUCUCAGGUCAGUCUUCCGUGGUUGGCGGUAUUCUUGAUGAUCUGUGCACUGGGCAAGAAUUGCGAUUUGGAAAGUACAACAGUUGGAGUGGAUAGGAAAGUGAGGAUGUUAGAUGCGUUUUUAGCUGGUGAGGCUUCGCAGCAGCCCAGUCGUGCUUCCUCUCCAAUCCCCACAGCCGACGGAGAAGCACAGCAACAAUCCUCUUCGAAUAGCACAAGGUCACCAGCAAUGGUAUCCGACCUUUUCCUCUCCGCCGCAUACCAAUCUCUCCGUCUAUGCAGCUUCCUCUCCGCCCCAACACUUCAAACGAUCCAUUCGCAGCUGCUCAUCGGCGCAUAUUUGCUCAACACUGAACGCGCUGCUUCCUUCUGGCCCUUGCUCGGAUCAGUAGCGCGUCAAGCUCAGAGUAUAGGUCUCCACGUAGAUCCAAACAAGAUCAAACGCGAUUGGGACCCCAUCGAGGCUGAUACGAGAAGAAGACUUUGGUGGGCGGUGGUGCAUCAAGAUGUGAUUCUAUCCUCGAUCUUUGGCCGUCCACUUGGAAUUACUAGGUUCAGCUGUAGAUUUCCUGGUACCGCAGGCGUUACCACGUAUGCUACACUCCAGUGCGAGUUUUCGCAGUUUGCAAGGAUCUAUCUGGAUGAGAAUCAGGAUAGGAGUUGGAGUCAAGAAAAGAUCAUUGAUUUUACCGAAAAAGUACUCAGCUGGUAUGCGAAUAUUCCGGAACGAUACAGACCCGACAUUGGCCGCAUCAACCUAUUGGGGUCGGGAGAGGAUGAAGAAGCGAUCCAAAACUACGCUGCCGCUGGAGUAGACAUCGAAACCAAAGGCCUAAUGGAAGUUCAUCAAUCCGGAAACCUCGCAGUGGAAGUUUUCUAUAUCCUUCUCUCUCUCCAUCGCUCGAACCUUUUCCCCUCCUCCUCCUCCUCUGACGAUGCUCCGACCAAACCUUCCAGCAGCGCGAGCCUUAACAAAACGAGUCUGCACAUCUGCACCCAAGCCCUUCGCCGCAUAACUCGGGCCCAAACCACAAUGAUCGAUCUCUUGGGUCGGGCACGAGCAACUAUGUUUUGGAAAAUCGCAUACUAUACCUACCAAGCCGCAAUUGCAGGGGCGUAUAUAGUUUUCGUAAAGCCACAGAGUAAACAGGCCGAAUCGGCAUUGGAGGAUUUAGCGAUUCUGGUGGAUUUCUUUGAUAGACUGCCGGAGAGAUGGACCGGAUUGAAGAUGGCCAAACAUGGAUUGAGGGUGUUGAGGAAAUUGGCGGUUGCUGCUAGGGAGAUGCCUGAGGCUGCGAGCAUUGUUCGUAGUGCUAAUGGGGAGGAAAACGGGGUGGUGGAUGAGGCUAGUGCAGGGAGUGGUGUCAAUGGGAGUUUGAAUGGGAUGAGUGAGGUUAGUGUGGCAACACCGACGACGACGCAGCAUAGUUUUGGACCGACUUCCAACGGUACUGGUGAUGCUUUCAAGGGGGGUGCUUUUCUGCCUCCUAUCUUCGGCAAUCCUUUCUUGAGUCCGAACGGGACAGGAUCAAGUCAAGCAAUGAUGAUGGGAAGUAGCAACGCAAUGCUACCUACCAACAACAAUCUUCCUUCUUCUAUCCCAUCGACAUUAUCCAUGCCAACAACGAUUGGAUUCAAUGGAGAACCAACGUCACUGUUCACCUCAGCUCUAACAGCCGCUGCUUCAACAGGCUCCCCUCUCCCCCGUUCGCUCGCCAACGUCCCACUCGUUACACUCUUCAACAACACUUACGACCAGCAAGAAGUGGGAGGCAAACAGUUUUGUUAUGAUCCGUUUGUACCUGAUCCUACCUACCCGGCCACCAGCGUCGCGGGCGGAGAAGCUGUACAAGCCGUAGGAAGCGGAGGAGGUAGAAGCUCGAACAGCCCCUCAACAAGUGAUAGAAUGACCUCCAGCAUCAGCUCCCCUUCCACAGCUUUCUCCACUCACAACGGCGCUGGGGUAGUAAGCGAAAGAGAAAAAGCGAGGGAAGGGGAAAGAAUGCAAGUAGCAGCAGCAGGAGGAGGGCAGGAAGGAAGUCCAACUCCAGGAUUGAAUCAGAAAGAUCUAGCUACGUAUUGGUCGGAAUACUUUAGCUUGCAGUUGGAUUGGGAUCGCUUAACCGGGCUCGCAUAA